GCCGAUUUGUGUUAUCUGCACCACCACUACAACGGCGGUCAGUAGUCAUUUAGACCGUCUCCAGUAAACAGUGUCUGAAGCCGCCGCCAACGUUGCAAUCGCCGUCGCAUCUACCUCAUAUCAGAUAUCCAUCAAUCAUUUCGUGUAACCAUAAACUGAUACCACGAAUGAUGCCGAAAACUCAAGAACCAGAAACAAUUCAAGUGAACGCAAACACUGCAGAACAUCCUAAAAAAAAUAUAGAACUCAAUGUCCACGACGAUGAUGAUCAAAAAAGAAAACCAAUGUUUUUAUUUAGCAUUGAUUAUAUAUUGAAUAAAGCGGGCGAUGCAAAUGAUGAAACUGAUGCUGACAAGCAAAAUAGUCAACAGUUUGACUGGCUCUACUGUACACGAUUUAAGCCUCCUAAACUCGACAGAAUCAAAAGGAAAGACGGUCAACAAAGGCAAAAGCGUAGACCUGGACGUAACCCGAGAAUACCGUUUACCACUCAACAAGUAUCUGUUUUGGAGCAUGAAUUUCGACGCAGUGCAUAUUUAGGAGGCAUGAACGAUGUUCAUGUGUUGUCUGAAAAAUUGCGAUUAUCAGAGAGUAGGAUAAAAAUAUGGUUCCAAAAUCGUCGAGCCAGAGAACGCCGAGAACAGCAGAAUGGCUCUGUACCGGGACCAUCCAAUAUCAACUCUUCUGUUAAACAACAUCGCCUUACUAUGUCCUCUACAUCAGCAUUUAAGCCUUUGUCACCCUCAAACUUAUACGUGGAAGGAAAAUAACUAACAGCAAUAAGUCAAUACGUGUAAAUAUUAUAUUAGUCAUUAAGCUAUUUACUGUUUUUCUUUAAGUUAAAAAAUGUUCCAUGCAAAGUGUAAAUUAAUUAUUUUAAAUAUAAAUUUGUU